AUGCUGCGGGAUUCUGAUAUAGAUUCCCUGAACGGGCAUCUAGCGUCCUUAUCACGAGAGCAACAGAAGCAACAUGACAACCUGCAAGACCUUCUCGCUCAGUUUAAGAGCUUGCUAGACGACUACAGCUCACUCAAAAGUGACUAUGAAGAGGUUAAAGAAGGCCGGGAGAAAUACAAACGACAAGCCCGUGGCCAGGACCGUAACCCUUUCGUCCUUGUCCUCGUAGAUGGAGAUGGGUAUCUGUUCAAAGAGCAUUUCCUGAAGAACGGCAGCGAAGGCGGCAUUAAGGCAGCCCGCGAGCUUAGUGACUCCGUCAAGGAACUUAUGCAUUCGACCAUGGGAAUGCAAGCAGAGCAGUGUCGCAUCAUGGUUCGUGUCUAUGCGAACGUUCUCGGUUUGUCGAAGGCGUUAGCUCGCGCUGGACUUAUGGGCCACGAAGCUCGAUCAAUGUCACCAUUUACCUCUUCCUUUACCCGUGCCCAAGAGCUCUUCGAUUACGUUGAUGCUGCAGAGAAGAAGGAAGGCAGCGACUUCAAAAUCCGAGAAAUGUUCCGUCUCUUUGUGGACCUCAACCAAUGCCGACAUAUUUAUUUCGCCGGCUGCCACGACACUGGAUACGGCUCUCUGCUGACGCCCUAUAGAGGCAGAGGUGACCGUAUCACCCUCAUCAAAGCCGCUGGUUUCCAUCGUGAAUUUGAGGCUCUAGAUCUGCCUAUCAGAGAAUUGCCUUCGGUCUUCAUGUCUACACCCCUAGCUAACAGCAAGCCGCCAACAGGCCCGGCUGCGGCCUCGGUUGCGAAAUUCAAUGGUGGAAACGGCAUACACCAUAUUUCUAAUGGCUCGAAUGGUGCAAAUGCACUUAAGCCCGUCUGCAAGCACUUCCAAAAGGGUAUCUGCAAGUUUGGCAACGGUUGCAAUAAACAACAUGUCAUGCCGAACCAAUCACUGAAUCACCCGCCGUCGUCUAAACACUCAGGUGAUUCACCUAAACUGCUAUGGUCUUCUCCCACAGUUGUGGGUCGCUCCGAAGAUUUUCUAAGAUCGAUGCUCCCUCUGCCGAGCAUCAAAACGGAGGAGUUCAUUCCAGUUAAUAAAGAUGGAGAGCGUAUCGACCCAUACUAUCCUCACCCGUCACCCGAAGCUUUCGAGGAAUACCACGCUCGGGCGAAGGAACACAAGGUCUGCAAUAGCUACCAUCUAUCUGGAGAAUGCGGUGACAUGAGCUGUCUCUAUGACCAUAGCGAUGUCUCUAAUGUGAUCGUUGAUGUUCUGCGGUACAUGCUCCUCCAACACCCCUGCACCCGGGCCGGGGCUUGUCGGUCAAUCAAAUGCUACAUGGGUCACCUAUGCCAGAAGCCCGGAUGCAAGGCCGUGAAGAGCUGGCAAUGUCGAUUCAAUCACAAUGCUCAUACACUUGACCUCCAAACUGCACGAUGGGACGUGCCAAGUGACCAGAGCGAGAUUGACCAAUGGUCGGUCAGCGACGUCUCUAUUGGGAGACGAUCAUCACCUCCUCUCUCAUUCUAG